UAAUCAAGUUAUUAUUUAUGCGAUAAAUAUAUUUUGUGCACGCUUCAUAACCGGCGAAAUGCAGCGAAUAUUACAGAAAACACGUAGCUACUGCACAGUUUUAAAAGAAGUGAAUAAAAAUCAAAAAUUUGACAAACCGAAGGAAAACAAGUUGAACUUUAAGGAACUAAAAUAUCCAUCGAAAGUUCCAAGUAAACCAAUAAAACAAAAUUUUCCGACAGGUGAAAAACCUGUAAUAGAUAACGCAACUAUACAACUCCUUGAGCGUCUUGCUUUGGUUAAUUUGGAAAGUAAGGAAGCUUUAACUACGUUGGAAAAAAGUAUUGAAUUUGCGGAAAAAAUAUCACACAUCGAUACAAGCAACGUAUUGCCAUUAUAUACCGUGUUGGAGGAUCAAAACUUAUAUUUACGCGAAGAUUCCGUAACAGAAGGAAACUGCAGAGAAGAUAUCCUACGUAGUGCAAAAGUUACUGAGGAAGAUUAUUUUGUCUCUCCACCCGGCAAUAUUCCACUACAACAAAAAGAAAAGGAUUUUACUGAUAAUUAA